UUCAUUCCCGCUUGCUUGGAAGAAGCAAGGAUGAUGCCUGGGAAGACUUCCCUGAUGUUCCAGUCACUGCUGCUGCUGCUCAGUCUGCUGGCUAUAACGAAGGUAGGAAUAGCAAUCCCACAAAAUCCAGGAUGCCCAAAUACUGAAGACAAGAACUUCCCAAAGAUGGUGAAUGUCAAUCUGAACAUCGUUAACCGGAAACUGAAUUCCAGAAGGGCCUCAGAUUACCACAACCGAUCCACUUCACCUUGGAAUCUCCACCGCAAUGAGGACCCUGAGAGAUAUCCCUCAGUGAUCUGGGAAGCCAAGUGUCGCCACUUGGGCUGCGUGAAUGCAGAAGGGAGUGUGGACUACCACAUGAACUCUGUCCCCAUCCAGCAGGAGAUCCUGGUCCUACGAAGGGAGCCUAAGCACUGCCCCCGCUCCUUCCAGCUGGAGAAGAUACUGGUGGAUGUGGGCUGCACCUGUGUCACCCCCAUCGUCCGCCACUUGGCCUAAGAGCUUUGGGUCAGAUCUGAGGCUCCCCAAAGCAGAUAAGCUUUCUGAGGAUCAAACCCAGCCCUCAGAAAAUCUCAUACUUCAAAGACCCACCCCUAUUUCUGACCAAGCUUAUUAGGGUUCUUAAAAUAGUGCAUCCAAUUGAAGUUUCAGAAGUAAUACAUUGGUCCAGGGAUGGGAUCUGAAUUGUCUUUCUCUCGACCCAAGAAGGAACGUUUAAAUUGAAUGCCAAUUUGCUUCUUCUUUUUUGUUUGUUUGUUUUUUUUUUUACUUUUCUAAAGGCUUUAAGUUAUUUAUGUAUUUAAUACUCCCUAGGAUAACUUGGGAGGUUAAGAUUCCAUUUCAAUGAAUUACCUGCCUUAUUUUGUGUUGUUUUUUUUUUGUUUGUUUGUUUGUUUUUUUAGAAAAGUCAAGAUUCCACACUUGGGAAUUUUACUCUGUAAUAAGUAAAACCUAUAUUUAUAUGAGCUAUUUAUGGACCUAUUUAUGUUUCUUAAGUCUUUAGAGAAAAAUAGAAAAGUAUAAUUAUCAGUUCUGCCUAGGGAGAUCCUAGAUAGAAUUAAAUGACAAUUGAAAGUUUCUAAGUUCUUACCACAUAUGGAGGGAUAGAGUAUUUUUUCCUCUUUGUCUCUUAGAAGUACAUAGCAUGGCUGAAAAGAGAGAAGGACUAAGCCCAGGUUCAUAUUUAUUAACUUAAAUGUUGUAAAUUGUUGAAGUUUACAAGAGAUGCAGCAAGUCUGUCUGUUCUGUUAAAUCCUUAUAA